AUGUACAGCGUGUUGUUUCUUGCGCCUUUGGCGGCGCAUGCCAUUGAGAUAUCCAUUCCAACAAACCUCUCAUCGCGCGCUUUGCUUCAUGAUGCUUACGGUUACUCGAUUGAGCCUGUCUGGGUUGAUGACUAUCUGAAAUCCGACCUCGCCACGAACCUGCUGAGCGCCAUUGCCGACAUCACGGGAAAGCCGCCGCCAAUCCGAGUUGGAGGGAACACCGCCGACCAGACGUAUCUCCGUCCAGACCAGAAUCAGACCUCCAUUGCAUAUCCCACGCCUUCUACCGCGACCACCUUCAACAUCACUCCGGCAUGGUACGACACUUGGGCUAGCUACUUCCCGGAAGGAACAGAUCUGCUGUACACCCUCAACUUGCGUGACAAUACAAGCGCCUGGGCAAACGCAGUUGCAGAAGCGGAGGCUGUGCACGAAGCCCUUGGGGAUAAAUUGAAAUUGCUGGAGCUCGGCAACGAGAUUGAUCAUUUCGUCAACAAGGGCUGGCGAGCGCCGGGAUGGGACGUAGCGCAAUACAUCGACCAAUGGCACAAUCUGACGGGCCAGGUCAUUGCUUCCGAGUGGUACCAGAAGGCAGCAAAUCCUCCAAAGUUCCAGGCUGCUGUUUUUGCUGACCCGCCCUGGGUUCCGGACCAGCACGAUGACACAGACGAUUUUGACGUGGUAAAUCUGACCGCAGCCGGCCUGGUGGACUCCGAUAUCAUCGACGCCUAUGCGAUGCAUCUCUAUCCCCAGUCCACCUGCGACACGGAGCGAUGGUACCGCAUGCGGCUCGAUCUUCUGUCCAACCAUACCACGCUGUGGCUGAACGUCUCACAGUACGUCCCGCAAGUUGCCGCCGCCGACGCCGCCGGUAUUCCCUUCGUCCUCGGCGAGACCAACUCUAUAUCUUGCAGCGGGCGCAGCGGCAUCAGCGAUACAUUCGGUGCCGCGCUCUGGGGCGUCGACUACGUCCUCAUGGCCGCCAGUAUCGGUAUCGAGAAGGUAUACUUCCACCUCGGCGCCCAGAGCGAGUACUCCUCUUUCACGCCCAUCCCGUACACCUACAAAGGCGAGAACCUCACCGCCGGCAUCCGGGCCGGAUUCUAUGGCCAUUACUUCCUCGCGAAAGCCAUCGCUGGCGAUUUAGAUUACAGCAUCGCCGCUCUGCCUGGAGUAAACUCCUCAGACCUGAGCGGGUAUGGUAUCUUCGGCGAGGCGGGGUUGCAGAAACUUGUAUUCCUGGACAUGGGCGUCUGGAACUCAAGCUCGGGCUUGCACAACCCUUCCACGCUGACGGCGACGGAUUCGACAUUUCGGAGCAACGGCACCAGGCCGUCAAGCGGAUUGCGCGUUCACACGCCGUGGGAGGAGGGCGCUGAGGUCAAGGUGACGAGGCUUAGUGCACCGGGCACGAAUGCAAAGUCCAGCGUUGAUGUCUCUGGUGUGUCGUUUGAUUCUGCGGGCGCCAAGGUGGGCGAGGAGAAGCUUGAGCGGGUGGAGGUUGGCGCGGAAGGCGUUUUGGCUUUUGAGUUGCAGCGCGCGCAGGCUGUACUGCUGGAGGUUGCAAAAUCUUGA